AUGCCAAACUCAGAAUCCAUCCCAAGACUCCUCAACUCAUUUACCGACAAAUGGUCUCCGCGCCUCGUCGCUGCAAUUAACGACCACCACGUCAAAGUUGCCAAAAUAGAUGGCGAAUUCAUCUGGCACGCACAUCCGAAUUCGGACGAACUUUUUUAUCUGCUUGAAGGCAAAUUGACCAUCGAGCUCGAGGGCCAGGAUGACGUUGUGAUGCAGGUUGGGGAC